UUUAGCCAAAAACAUGUGGAUUUUGCGGAAACCAUGCAUGCUAGCUACUUUCGUCGAUGUCAAACUUAACAAGCAUUCGUCUCCUCAAUUAAUGGCUAAAUCCAUCCACAAUUACGUACUUCAGUCCUCAUGGCCACAAAAGAAUCAAAUCAAAGAUACAUCUUGAUUUCAAAAUCGUAACGUGAUCAGUGUAAAGAUUGUUCACUUUCAGAAAUCAGACGGUGUUCAUAUUAUAUUUGGUAAUAUAGUAACAUGAGUGAAGUAGAAUCUGUUACGGGUGUCAAAGAUAACAGCGAGUCGGAGUCCACAACUUCCGUCACCGGAAGAGAACUAAUCAGACCUGUAGCAGUAGGUGCUCUACGAUUACCAUGGAAGCUGUUCUUCCUCCCGAUUUCUGUAAUCGGUGGUAGCGUAGGGAGAGUUACCGGUUCAGUUAGGCUGAGUUUUCGGGUGGCUACUGAUUCUGUUUUCUCUUAUUGGCUACGCAUGGUCCGGUUAACUAGCUCUAGUCGUAGCCGGAAACCGUCGUCGACUCCUCUAGUUUCGGCUUCUGUGUCAACAACGGUGGAGGCAUCGGAAGCAGUGGAUUUCUUGUCAGAAUUUGAGAGUCGAUAUGGUGAAAUACAUCCAAAUUUCGUUCCCGGGGGUUUUAUGGAUGCAGUGGAGUUGUCUAGGCGUGAGUGUAAGCUGUUGUUUGUUUACUUGCACUCACCGGAUAAUCCUGAUUCAUCGUCGUUCUGUGUAAAGACUCUGUGUUCGGAGUUUUUAUCGGCGUUUGUAAACGAAAACUUUGUUUCUUGGGGUGAUACUAUUGGGAAAAAUGAGAGACUUGAAAUCAGUAAGAGCUUGAACGCUUCUAGGUUUCCUUUCUGGGCGGUGAUUAAAGGAGCCACCGACACCGGCGAGGGUUUUUCUAAGCUCCGGCAGUUUGAGGGGCCUUCAUCAGCUGAAGAAAUGGUUACAGAGUUGCAGAGUGUUCUAGAAGAAAAUGCCGCAUCCCUUGUUGCAGCAAGCGUCGAUAGCACCGAUGAACACACAAACAGCUCGCCAUUGAUGGAGGAAGAAGACGCUCCAUGUUCAGUUGCACUUGAAGCCGAUCUAGGUAACGAAUUCCAGAGGGAGGAAGAUCAAAACGAAAUAGAACCGGAAGCUGAGAGUGAAGCUAAGUUGUGCGAGGAGGAAGCUUCGUUGCUGGUGGCUGAACCUGAACCUGAACCGGGACCUGAUUUUGUUCAGUUUGAGGGGCCUUCAUCACCUGAAGAAAUGGUUACAGAGUUGCAGAGUGUUCUUGAAGAAAAUGACCGAGCCUUUGAUGCAGCAAGCGUCAAUACCACAGAUGAGCACACAAACAACCCACCAUUGAUGGAGGAAGAAGACGCUCCAUAUCCAGCUGCACUUGAAGCCGAUCAAGAUGACGAAUUGCAGAUGGAAGAAGAUCAAAACGGAAAGGAACUGGAAGCAGAGCGUGAUGCUAAAUUGUGCGAUGAGCCGGAGCCAGAGCCAGAGCCGGAGCCUGAGCCUGAGCCUGUUAUUGAGGUGUUCGUGAGACUACCAAUAGGAGAGAAUAUAGUAGGAAGUUUUCCUUGUACAGCUACUCUACAAUCUGUGUAUGAUUUCGUAGAUUCUUCGGGGUGGUUAGAUGUCGGGAGCUACACUCUUGUCACCUUCUUCCCUCGAGUUCUUUAUGGUCAGCAUCAACUCUCCUCCACACUUGAAGAACUUGGACUGCACCCUCAAACCAGUCUUUUUGUGGAGCUCAAUUACUGAAACUUCACUUUUACUUUCAAAUUGUACAUUCUUAUUCUAUAUGUAACAGUAACAACAGUUGAUAAACAAAACUGAAUUGAUAAAAAAAAAUUAAAUAAAGAACAAAUUUAUGGCUUCGCCCGGGUUCGAACCGGAGA